ACUCAGAGAAGUACGUGACCGAUUGUGCCCCUGAAGACUCCCACAGUCUGGACAGCCUCACUCGGACAUUAAUGUUUGGUUAUCUCCCUCGUUAUCUCCCUCUCUUUCUCAAACACUGAGAACUUCGUCCGUCGGGCUCUUCAAACCGGUUUUUUUGAUCUGCCAGCCCGCCUUAUAGACCUCAGAUCUCACUUCAACUCAUUUUGUGAUCACAGAGGGAGUGACACUCAUAAUGAUGAAGUCACUUGGUAGCACUCAGCAUUGAUGGCAGAGUUGCCUUGAAGUCAAUCGAAAUUCCUCGAAAGUCUAUCAUUGUUUCUUAGAAGCCUCUUAGAGUUAGAGUUUCCUGAAAGUCUAUACACAUCUCUCGGAAGUUAUCUGAGGGUUCCCAGAACUCUUUUUGGGGGUUUCCCAGGAGUCUUUUAGCUGAAGUCGUAAAAACCGAAACGCUUGGUGUCAUUUUUUGCUCUUAACGCCGAGAAAGAAAAGAGCUAGACCAAAUUAUCUUAACACAAUUUAUGAUAAACGCUGAUCUCUGCUUGCUUGCAGUGUUUUGAUGUUAAAUAAAGACAGCCCAGUGGUUUUCAAAAGACCUAGCCCCAAGUGGAAAAGCUCAUUCUUAAUCUUAUACAGGUAGUCGGGGAGAGGGAAAAAUAAAAUAUGAAUUUAACGACAGAAACGCUCUGAGUUGCCACGGUGUUGUGACUGACUGGAUCUGGUAUGCUGCCAAGAUUUUUUUUAAAAGACUGUACUUUGCAAGCUGUCAGUGAGUCUUCAUAACCACAACCAGCAAUGCCUUACAUUUUAAAGACUACAAUUUCAAUAAUUGUAACAGGCUGUUUAAAUUCAGAAUGGCUGCUGCUCCGUGUUUUAUAGAUCAUUGAAAACGUCAAGUCAACCCAAAUUUUGUCCAGGGUCCAGCUUCUCGAUUUACCAUGCGACCGUUGUGGAGUUGCGCCCAGUGGAUGCUCGCCAGCAGUAUCCCGGUUCUGUUGUGGCUAGCCGGAUAUACGUCAUGUCACGUGAUACACGGAAACGUCACAGGGGGAGAGGAUCCGGGGAUCCUGCCAGCUCGUCUCCCGCCACAGGACAUCCUCCAGGGCCAGGUGUUGGCGGGAAAACUGCAGCUGUACAGACAGACGUCUGGCACUGACGUCACUCCCCCCGCCAGCUGGGCCGGUGUGGCGUCUUCUCGUCUGCUGUCCCCGACACACUUCUGGCACGGGUCGGUCUCAGCGAAACCUCCUUCCGAGGUGUCAUUUUCUCACGGGGCGCCGCUUCCACACUCAGCUGAUCCUAUCGACUCAAAUUCGAAACAAGCACAAUUGAUGUAUCGGACGUUACGAAACACUUCGAUUUCGGAAGACUUGACAACAGCCCAGAAGGCGAACAACAACAUCAUCAGUCCUAGAAACAAGAAUUUACCAGAACGAGAACGCCAUUACGCUUCUAGCAACUCAGUCUCAAAGCUGUCUCUGACUUCGCAUGACGCAUCAGAAAACUCAAUCUCAAAACUAUCUCUGACUUUAGAAAAAGAAGAAGAAAAAGAAAGCGUAGUUGACGGUAAAUUAAAAACCUACACAAGAGAGCCACGCCAGAAUACAAACGUGUUUUCUCUCCGAGACACAUCGCCUCUCGGCUCCCAGGUCCCCAACACUGCGAUUUCUCUUAUCGUGAGCUGGGCAACGCCCAAUAGAUCUCACCAGGCCGGCGCUGCCCAGAGGUCAAACAGUGACCUUCCAGACCUGUCAAAAACAGUUCGCGCUCCGAAUUCUGUCAGACUGUGGAAGAGAUCUGCAGCUGAUUCUGUGGGUUCUACUGAGCUAGGAACUACAACCCCACACGCUGAGCGUGACAGUGUGUCUUUGAGUACAAUUACGUCAGUCACAAAGGCCUCUUUGGAAUCUCUCACACAGACACCCAACAAGUCUCCCACCCCGACUCAGGCACCCCACACACCCUUUUCUUCUCCCACACAGGCACCCCACACCCCCUUUUCUCUCACACAGGCACCCCACACCCCCUUUUCUCUCACACAGGCACCCCACACCCCUUUUUCUUCUUCCACACAGGGUCCCAACACGGAGAUCGUACCCAACACUUCUACCACCCCCACACAUUUUCCCCCAAACUCCUACCCACACAACAUGCGUGUAUCCCCAACCUCUCCCACUCUCACACACAUACCCAACACACCUUCUGCACCCAAACAGGUACUCCAAACCUCUCCCAUUCUCCCUCCCACACCCACACACAUACCCACACACAUACCCACACACAUACCCCACACACCUGUCAACCCAGUAACGCCCACACAGGCGAAAGGAUUUCCUCCGACCAGCACAAGGCCCACAUCUCAGAGAAUUUCACAAGAGCCUUCACAACCACCAACAGAGGCACCAAACACAAGUCCUGUUUCGCCUCUAUCCACAAUCGCCACCACUACAAACAGAAGUCCUGUUUCGCCUCGUUCCAUGACCGCCGCCUCAGACAGAAGUCCUGUUUCGCCUCCAUCCACAACCGCCACCAUUAACACAAGUCCUGUUUCGCCUCCUUCCACAACCGCCGCCACAACGUCAGACACAUUAAACCCAACAUCAACAACACCACCAUCACAACCCCCAACAACAGCAACAACAACAACGGUAACAACAACAGCAACAACCACCACCACCAUCCGUGUGCCGGAGCAGAUCCGCAUCGCGUGGCUAGCUCCCUAUGGCUGGGACGAAGGGUUCAGCGCGGAGACAACCGUCAACGCCCUCAAGGGAGCCAUCCACGACGCGCAGAGGUUCCUGCCCUCUACCGUAUACACCAGCACGACACUGCACCGUCACGUCCUGUCUGACGCCGGUUGGCGACGAAACGACACGUACGACCAGGACGCUAGGAUCGCUUUUGAGUCCGUCAUACAUGUGAUCAUGGACACGUCCAACUGGGAAGUCUUCGGCAAGUUCACUGAUUACGUCAUCAAGGCCGCCAAACUCCAGUCUCCGAGAUGGGAACUUCCGCCGGGGAAUGAGAGCAUGGACGCCUAUGCCCCGUUCGUGUAUGACGCCACUCUGUUCUGGGCCUACCUGGUCAACAAGACACUACUGGAGGGCGGGGACCCCAGGAACGGCUCCAGAAUCUUCCAGCUGGCCAGGAACUUUGAGUCCAUUGGUGUGACCGGUCGUCUGGUCAUGGACUACAACUGUGACCGUCUGUCCAACGUCUGGUUCCUGGACAUGCGCCCGGACGGAAAGUUUCGUGACUUCCUGCGCAUCGCCAACACUGUGGGCGGGGCAUCGCUGAAGAAGUCCAACGGUGUGGGCGGGUGUGCUGAGGGGGAGAACUCGACGGACUGUGAUGACGGCAAUGAGAUCAUCGACGUCAUCUGGCGCUCGGGCAAAGUGGGCAGCAAGAACGCUCCGCCGGACACCCCGCCCUGUGGCUUUGAGGGAGAGUUCUGUCAGAAACGAGAGCUCAACCAGGAAGCAGACUACACCGACUCUAUCGUGGGUGCGGCGGCCGGAUCUUCCUUUGUCUUUGUGGUCGCUCUGGCAGUGCAGAUCUCGCUACGUCGCUAUCGGCGUCACCGACAACUGGAGAGUAUGUUGUGGCAGGUCAAGUUUGAGGAGAUCGACUUUGUCACCGCUAUACUUAGUGGCAGUGUGAGGCUGAUUGAGCUGAAGCACCAGAACGUCACGGCGUUUGUCGGCGCAUGCGUGGACCCAGGCCGGAUCCUGUUGUUGUGGGAGUACUGCCCUAAGGGAAGUCUGCAGGACAUCAUCUGGAACCAGAACAUCAAGCUUGACCAGCUGUUUAAGUUCGCUCUGUGCCAGGAUGUUGCCAAGUAUCACUCAAUCAAUCAAUCAAACUAUUCAUCAAUCAACCAAUCAAUCAAUCAAUCCCUGGUUUUGUCCCCCAGACACAUGACGAUGAUUGACAACAUGCUUGCUAUGCUAGAGAAGUACGCCAAUCACCUAGAGGAGCUGGUGGCUGAGAGAACCAGUGAACUGGACGCGGAGAAGAGGAAGACCGAGAAUCUGCUCUACCGCAUGUUGCCCCAAUCAGUGGCCGAGGACCUCAAGCUGGGCAAGCCGGUGAAGGCCGAGCUGUUUGAUGACGUCACCAUCUACUUCUCGGACAUCGUCGGCUUCACCAAGAUCUGCUCCGAGAGUACGCCCAUAGAGGUCGUCAACUUGCUCAACAGUCUCUACACACUUUUUGAUGACAUCAUCACGCGAUACGACGUCUACAAGAUGUCGAAGGAAGCUCUCCGGAUCCACAUGAGCUCAAUGUCCAAAGAGAGCCUCCAGAACUUCUGCGGAUACCACCUGGAGUAUCGAGGAGAGAUCGAGGUCAAGGGUAAAGGUCUGAUGCAGACCUACUUCCUGGUGGGUCGCGACGGCUUCCACAAGACGCUGCCAAACCCAGCCGACUACAACGAGGUGCGGCCAUCUUGCACGGAGGGGAACAAGAACUCUUCAGCCAGCAGAGAAAGGACGGCGUGUCAUCGAACCAAUUGCAGACCUUUGCGCACAGGGGCCACAAACGAGAUCGAUUCUGUCAAGUUCGGAGUGAAAACGAUUCCCGGCAGACAGCCGUCGUGCGAUCAUUCCAGCUUGUGUAUUUCCUCAAAUUGUGGUGACGUCACGCUUGGUGGUGGUGAUCACGUGAUGAUAGCAGACGGCGUGGCGAGUGUUGUUGUGCUAGGCCUAGCAGCAGACGGAGGGGACGGUGAAGAGGCUAUGUUAGUACUUCCGGAGUCAGACGGUCUUGGGGAGUAUAACGUCACUUCCGGAAUCGACAACGGCGGCUUUUCUCAAAGCUGUGCGCUCGACGAGACGCCGAGAAGAAAUGUGGAGCUCGAGUCCCCUCGCUCUAGAGGGGAGCAGACGCAUCUUCCUCCUGCUGGCGGGAUUCUGAAAAAACCCAGGCUCAAAUCUCAAAGUUCGGAAGAGAAGCACGCAGCCUUUGAGGUGGACGGAAAGCGGAGGUCAACGAGAAGGGUCAAGAACUCCGUGGAUUUCGACGUGUCUGCAAACCCUCUGGAGUACCUCUUCAAAAACCCGAAAGGACCGGAAGCCAAUAACGUGAGUGUGAGUGCGCAGAAUCAUCACCAUGACAACGCCCAUCAGAUCCGGCCUCUGGAUAUGACGUCAAAUAUUCUGACAGUCAUCCGGCCUGGACUUGAGAAGCUCAACACGGCAGACGAGAAACUGGACUCGCCAAAAGUUUACGCCACUGCUAAGAUGAAGAACACCGAACACCGGAACUCUCCCUCUCCCACCAGAUCCGAUUCUCCCAAACCGGAUAUCGGUUUGUUGAAGGAACAGGUUCAUAGUCGGAUAAGUAAAGCUUUGGAGGUGACGCCGUUGUGAGUGUGUGUGUGUGUGUGUGUGUGUGUGU